AUGGGACCGUUGGAGGAAGCCAACAGCACCCUCAUUGUGGAGAAGACAGCAUUAGACGAGAAGCUGCCGCAGGGCUGGCAUGCCAAGGACUUUGUCACGCUUAGCCAGGAUCACUCUGGGUCCCACAGUGUUAUGAUGGACAGCACCAAGAUCCUGGGGGUUCAGGUUGUUCUGAUUGCCGCCUACUCUCUCAUCAUUCUGCUGGGGUUCAUCGGCAACUCCUUGGUCAUCUACAUCAUAGUGAAGUACAAGACCAUGAGGACUGUCACCAACUUCUUCAUAGCUAACCUGGCCCUGGCAGAUCUGAUGGUGGACACACUCUGUCUGCCUUUCACCCUAGUGUACACGCUGCUGGAUGAGUGGAAGUUUGGAGCUGUUCUUUGCCAUCUGGUUCCUUAUGCUCAAGCUCUGAGUGUCCAUGUGUCCACUCUCACCCUAACUGUGAUUGCCCUGGAUAGGUAUCGGUGUAUUGUUUUCCACCUGGACAGCAGGAUUUCCAAGAGGCUCAGCUUCACCAUCAUAGCUGUCAUGUGGCUAGCAGCAGCUGUCCUAGCAGGUCCUCUGGCCAUCUUCAGAGAGUACCGAUACGAGGAAAUCCCAUCCAUCAACCUCAAAAUGGCUGUCUGCUCAGAAAAAUGGCCUUCUGGUAAUAACAGAGAUGCCACUAUCUACAGUCUGUCCAUGCUCCUCCUGCAAUAUGUUUUUCCUCUUGCAAUUAUUUGUUAUGCCUAUACCAGGAUCUGGUUCAAGCUGAAAAACCAUGUCAGUCCCACUUCUAGGAAUGAAAACCAGUGCCGGAGGAGGAAGACAACCAAAAUGCUAGUGAUGGUAGUUGUGGUAUUUGCAGUCUGUUGGCUCCCCUUCCACAUAUUCCAGCUUGCCAUUGAUCUCGAUCUGGUUCUUAUCUUCCAUGAGUACAAACUCCUGUACAGUGUCUUCCAUGUCGGGGCCAUGUGCUCUACAUUUGUCAACCCCCUGCUCUACGGAUGGAUGAACAAGAACUACCGGAAUGGCUUCCUUAUGUUCUUCCGUUGCCAGAACAAGCCAGAAAGCAUCCACACUGAAGGCUCAGUUAGAGGGAGGUCGUACAUCUUCAGGGCCAACACUCUAAAUGGGAGCAUCAAACAGACUCCUGGCAAUGGACCACUGCCCACAGAGGUUUAGGGAUGGGACAUCCACUGCCUGGACUGAGGCUGACUGAGCUCAGAGACAUUCUUGGGUGAACGCCUUUUUUUGGCAGAACAUUGUGUUGCCAAAACAUUAUAGCUACCGCAGCCACAUAGAAAUACCCCCCUGUAUUUCUCAGAACAAUAAAUCUGGUGUAUUUCUGUCUGACCA